AUGGAAGAAACGGCUGGUAAUCAGCCUGGUUUCGACCCAAACCAUGUGAUACAAAUGGAAGAAGCGGCAAAUAUACUUAUGUCACCGAAUAGUGCGUAUGAUGCUCGAAAAGCUGCUGAAGAAUUCUUCAUUAAUAUUCGUAAUGGAAAAUUUUCUCCAGAAUAUUGCCGUCUAGUUAUUGAAGCAACAUCCAGUGAAUUUGUUACCUUUGAGAUGGUUCAACUUAUGAUUAUGAAUCUUUUCAAACAGUGGUCCAUAUUCGAAUCACAGGUUUUUCAGCAAUGCUUCAAAUAUCUUCUAGAAAAUGCCGUCCAUAAAUUUAGGGCCUCGAAAUUAAUUCGAACCGAAAUGCUAAGAGCAUGUGCAAAGUUAUUAAAACGAUCUAUUUUUGAUGGUAAAGCUUGCGAUGCAGAUAUGUUGGACCAAACUGUUCAUUUCCUGUUGACUAAUGAGGAUCCGCAACUUCAAGCGAUUGCAUGUGAAUUUAUUGAAGCAAUUGCCCAUGAAUUUGCAACAUCGUGGAGGUCGUCUAAUCUUGGUAUCAGCUUUGAUUUUCAUGUCAGGGCUAGGCAUUCAUUCGAGAGCGGAGGCUUGCAGCGGUUGUUCGAAAAGUGUAUACGUACUUUCUCCGAAAUUCUCUGCACUGUUGAUCUCUCUUUACCAUAUUACAUGAGUAUAUGUGAAAAUUUUCUUCGAGUAGCCGAUUUAGUUCUUUCCUGGAAUUUCGAGAUUCGUCGUUUUCCGGUUCGAAUCACUUUUGCAAAUGAAGCAGCACCUGCUGCAACAUUGCGUCCUCCUGAAUCAUGGAAACCAAUCUUUCAGUCAGACGAAUUUUUACGCCUCUUCUUUGAGUUACACAAACGAGUUCGUCACAAUGAAAUACUUUGUAUGCACUCAUUGAAUUGCCUUAUUCAGUUAUCUUCAUUGAUAGGACCUGUUCUGACUGAUAGUGAACCAGUUAUUAGCCAGAAAUUAUCUACAACCAGUACUUCAAGCUUUAUUAAUGCUCAUGAUCGAUUUGUAUCAAAUUUUAUCGCUGGAUUUGUAGACAUUUUUGGAAGCGGUCCAUUAGAAGGAGAAAUACUUGGCCUUUGCUUAAUCGUAUAUAAAUUAUUGACAUAUCAUCGAAUUCUUUCGUUUCCGCGAGCCGAAAUGUCAUUUGUAACAUUUGUGAACAUUAUUGUACAAUGUACUGAACAUUUAACUUCGAUUGCUAUGCAGAAAGCUUUGAAAGAAGAUGAUCAUCUCUAUCUUGAGAGUUUGCAAAGCUUGUACGAUGGUUGGUGGGUGAUGCUUCGAAAUAGCGAUAUUAUCCGAAAUGCUUCCCGUUAUCCUGUUAAUUUCGAUGAAUCAACCCUAACUAUCAUUUCGGCGUUUAUGAGAACAGUUUUAUCGGAACCCUAUGGUUGCCGCGUAAAGGUUCCAAUUCAAGAAUGCGAUGACGAAGUUGAUGAUGACCGUGAAAUAUUUAAAGAAUUAUUGGUCUCUAUAGGGCGCUUUUCUGCGUUUUAUUCCCCUCAGUUGUUACCUCGGAUGUUUACGCUACUUUUUGACAAGUUAAAGCUAUUUCUGUCAUUCAUAGAAGUAGGAGUAAACGAUGAAACAUUAAAUACAUGGCGAGAUGAUAUGCAUUGGUCUUUGCUUCUAACUGGCUUUAUAUUAACAGUGAGUGAUGAUGAUGGUAGUUCACAUUUGCAAAGUGAUGUCCUGGAACAUUUUGAAAAUAAAUCAUAUGGUGAAGUUGUAGAGAUCUAUUCUGUGCCAUAUAUCAAAGCUUGCAUUGAUUCACCAAAUACAAUUACUGAUCGUGCAGGAGUAGAUCCUCUAACAAAAAUAAUAGGUGUAGUUUUGGCUUGGUGUUCCAUCGAACAUAAAUUAUUGAUGGAUCGUGGUGCUGAAGCAAUAAGUCCAGAACUAGCUCGUUCAUCACUUUGGUGUAUGAGACGUUUGAUAUGCUCAUUGGGUUUUCAUGUUAUGAAUCCUGAGGAUAGUGAGCAAUUAGCAAGUAUAAUAAAAAAAAAUUUGCAAGCAAUGGUCGAUUUUGCUUUACAAAAAUCUUUUGGUAUAUUAAACAAUUUGUCAGGCGAGCACAAACUCUGUCUGGAUGCAGUGGAAGUAUUUGUUGGUUUGGUAUGUGCUGGAUGUAAUGAAGCAGCAAAAAGUCCUUUUCUUUUUCCAUGUCUUUCAACGAUACAAAUUGAACGACUACCAGCUCGUCAUUCAUUUAUUAAAGUAUUAGUGCAAAUUGGUAGCAUGGCUAAUGAUGAAAAUGUAAAGAAAAUGUUAUCUGAAAUGGUAUUGCAACCACUUCGCGAAAGAUUUAUGUUACUGUCUAAGGAACGAACAAGCUUAGAAACAGAUCUCGUUGAUUUAUUGGAUUGUUUCGGUGGUUUAGCUGAAGCUGCUCAAAAUCAUAACACUCAUUUUCUGUUUGAAUACUUAUCACCAAUUUUGACAUCUUCAAUUAGUUUACUGCUAUCGUACAAAGAAUCUCAACUUCUUACUAAUGCAGUUUUGGAUUUAUUCAACAAUGUCACAAAACGUAUGGGUGUAUAUAGUGAAAAUCAUAGCGAUAUGGUUUUCCUCUGUGAGACAUUGCUAGAACUUAUUAGAGUAUAUCGGGAUGGACAGUUUACGCGUUAUAAAGUAAUUGAUGUUGAUGUUGAAGAGAAAGCAUCUGAUUUAAUCAUACUGUUGGAUAUUCUCGCCAAUGUUUUGAGCAAGGAUGACUUAUCGAUCAUUCCUUUAUCUUCAUCCGAUACAACAGAGUUUGCAACAAUGGGCUCUCGUGUUGCGUUAAUUGCUUUAGAGAUGUUAUUGCCUAUUAUGGAAGAUGAUCUGCUCAAAUUACCUUCCUUAUGCCGAAAAUUUUAUCGCUUCAUUUUAUAUUUUACUGAAAUGGCACCACAAACUCUUGAAAGUUUACCAGAAGCGCUAUUUGUUUCAAUUAUUGAAUGUCUUCGGCAUGGCUUGAGAUCAGAUUUCGGCCAAGAGAUUUCGUUAAUUUCUGCUGAAACAGUAACUGAAGUGGUUUCGUAUUUUACUCGACUUACACCAAAGAAUGAGACAGCUAUAUCACAUCUCGCUGUUCUUCUUGAGCCAACAUUUGGGUUGUGUCUGAGUUGCUCCUGGCAAGUAGAUUUACAAAAUGCUUCUGCAACGGCUCUCUUCGCUUUGAUAUGUUGCAAUCAGAUUGCUUUCGAGGAAUACGUCAAGCAGUUACUUUCUCGUGAUGAAAAUCGCCCAUAUCAGGCAACCCUUCAAUCAGCAUUUCAAGCUUUAUUACCAGCCAAUUUAGAGUUUCAUCUAGGUCGACGUGAAAAGCGUGAAUUUCGUGACCGUUUGGAGCAAUUUCUAAAUCAAGCACAGGGUUUACUUGUUGUUGAAUAA